CCUCCGCAAGGGACUGACGUUGUUUGUUAGAAACCAACUGAAUUAUACAAUAAUUUUAGGCACGAUAUUAUGCGUUUAUUCUUGUAAACUCUCCACUAAGCCGAACCGGGUGAUGCUACUUCAGCUGGCUAACUUUAAUAACUUUUUCUUCGAUAUCUAGUUGACGGUAUCGUUAAUUGUUAUGCUAGCUGGCAAAACAGAAGGACGAGCUAGAAGCAGACUGAAUCUCCAAGCAGUGGUUUCUGCCUGCAGUGAGGGGUGACAUCCCACCAGGCUGCGCCGCCCAUGGCUUCGUCUGUGAAGGCACCCGAAUACUGGUCUUUGGUGGUAUGGUCGAGUAUGGGAAAUACACCAACAGUCUCUAUGAACUUCAGGCUAGUCGCUGGCUGUGGAAGAAGCUGAAGCCAAGAGCUCCCAGAAACGGAUCUCCUCCCUGCCCUCGGAUCGGACACAGCUUCACUCUUGCAGGCAAUAAGUGUUACAUGUUUGGAGGGUUGGCCAAUGACAGUGAGGACCCCAAUGGUAAUGUACCAAGGUACCUGGAAGACUUCUAUGAGUUGGAGCUGCAAUCAGUAUCAGGGGCUAAAUGUUGGAACAUCCCAGAGAUGAAGGGCUGUGGUCCUACUGCUCGUGAGUCCCACACUGCAGUCGCCUACACUGGCCUCGGUUCCCCGAAGCUCUACAUCUUUGGAGGGAUGCAAGGAUCCCGGCUAGAUGACCUCUGGCAGCUUGAUCUAGACACUAUGGUUUGGUCAAUGCCUGAAACAAGGGGUUCCACACCACUUCCCAGAAGCCUUCACUCUGCCAGUGUCAUCAGAAACAAGAUGUUUGUCUUUGGGGGCUGGAUUCCUGUUCCAGAGUCAGACAAACACAUCGCUUUAGGAACCGAGUGGGUCUGCAGUAGCUCCUUAAGUGUACUCAACUUAGACACGAUGAUCUGGCAGAAUCUGGGCCCUGAGCAGCAUGAUGACCUGGAGUCCCAGCUCCAGAGCCAGGGACCACAGAGUGACGAUCCAUAUGCCUGUAUGCCCAGAGCCAGGGCCGGCCACUGCGCCACCACCAUCGGGUCCAGGCUCUACAUUUGGAGCGGCCGCGACGGAUACCGUAAGAGCUGGAACUACCAGGUCUGCUGCAAAGACCUGUGGUACCUGGAGACAGAUCGACCAGCUAUCCCAGAGGCAGUGUUGCUCAUUAAGUCCACAGUCAGCAUGCUUCAUGUGGCGUGGCGCCCCCUGGCUGCAGCAGACUGCUACAUCCUGCAGAUCCAGCCUGUGUGUCCUCCCAGCACUGCCAGCAGCGGUCUGCUCGCCAAACCAGUUGAUCCAACUGGAACAGAUGGGCAGAAUGGGAAGGACAAGCACCCUGCAGGCCUCCAAAGAGAAGCGUCAGCUCAGGAUGCUUCAGUGCAGCAGGACACUUCUUUCAAAUUUUCAAAUUGCUCAGGAGAAACCAAAGCAGAGGGAGGAAGGAAUGCUGGGAGAGUCUCGGACGAGGAGCUGAAACACUGCACUGCUGGACAGCAGCCAUCAGUGACAGAAGUCUGCAGCUCAGCUCAGCACCAACCAGACAAACAGCUGGUUUCAUCUGAGAAGACGACAGAUCUCUACACCCACACAGAUCAGGUUCUGCGUAAUCCAGACGAGGCAGUGUGGUUUGAUGUCGGUGUGUUCAAAACACUCUUCUCUGAGGUCAACCACUACUUUCUACCUGCUGAUAGUGACCAGGUGACGUCAGCCGUCAGCAGCCGGACCUCCAAUACUAAAGAGCUCUUCUCCCAGAGGAAGCUGCCAGGGCCUCAGGACUACCAGAGCAGGGAGAAGCAGGAUCUGUCUCCAGGUCAGACCUACAGGUUCAGGGUUGCCGGCAUCAACUGCUUCGGUCAGGGCGACUUCAGCCCAGUCAGCGAGUUCAAGACUUGCCAGCCCGGUUUCCCUGGAGCGCCCUCUGCUGUCAGGAUCACCAAGGCCAAUGAUUCGGUCCACAUCACCUGGGAGGCUCCGACGUCUCCGUCAGGCCGGAUCCUGGAGUAUUCCAUGUACAUGGCUGUGAGGAAGAGCCGCUCCAGCAGCUCAGAGCGGCCGGGUCAGAUGGCCUUCAUCCGGAUCUACCGCGGCACCAAGACUUCCUGCUCUGUUAGCUCCACCCACCUGGACAACGCCCACAUAGACAGCUCCGCCUCCAACCGGCCAGCCGUCGUCUUUCGCAUCGCUGCUAAGAAUGAACAAGGCUACGGCCCCGCAACGCAAAUCCGCUGGAUUCAAGAUCCCAUUAAAAUGCGAACAUCUGCAUCCAAAGACAGCAGCGCCGAUGCUGAUCUGGAUGCUGCUGACAGCUCCAGCUGAAACUGUUUGGACCAAUGACUUCAUGUCUGAAGAAAACUGUUCACUCAGGAAGUUGGCAACGUACGCCGCUCAAAUAUAUAUUUCCAAGAUAGUUUUUUACAAUUUAUUUAAUUUUUACCCUGUAAAUACAUUUCCACAGGAUGUUUAACCACUUGGAUAUUUUAGUGAAUAGAUGUUUUUGUCAAAAGAUGAUAAUAUGUAAUAUGAUGUAGAACAAACUACAGUUGAUAUCUAUACAAUAUCUCUUUAGAGGCUGAAGUUGCCUUAGUGCUGACUUCACCACCCACUAAUGCUUUUUAUGACUGAAACACAGGUGGGAAGAAAUGUUUCAAGGCCUCAGUCCAUGAUUUAAAUCCAUGUUUUAUAGCUGAGCCCUUUUAGAGUCCCACAGAUACAGGUGAAGUUAUGAAAUAUCAGUAAUGUAAACAGCAGAAUGUUGUUCUGAAGUGUAACCAGGUUUGGUUUAGAAUCUUUGUUCUUAUGUUUCUCAUUGUACUCAGCCAUGUUGUCUGUACUCAUUACAUGUCUGCAUCACUUUU